ACUGGGAAAGGCGAAAAGGGGCGCAUGAGAAGUCUUCUCUCUCUCUCUCUCUCUUUCCCUCUCCCUCUCCUGGACGGGUUGUUGCUGCUGCAGUGAGUGACGGAGCUUGGUGGAGUUUGAGGAGGUGGACAGAUCUUGGAUAAAUGUUGUGACUGCACUUGGAUUCUGGCCACCUUCUGUGAGAACAGACAGGAUUGAGUCGGAAAAGGUGCCGAGAAGGACAACGGAAAUGAUCAGUGGGAUGGAGCAGCUGCCCUGGAGAAGCAGUCUUGCAAGGUGGCCAGAUCUCACUGAGGGGGGCGAGGCCAAAGAGGUCUCUAUCCAGGAGCUCGUGCCAGAGACUCACAAGAUGGUGACUUCUCCAGGCAGUGGGCCUGUGAAAGAGAUCAAGGUGGAACUUAUUCCAGAAGAAGUCCCAGUGUCGGAAAAAGAACAGAAGACUGUACUGGAAAGCAGCCAAGAGAGUAUUUCUCACCCAACCGACACAGGGUAUUUGAGUUCCAGACCUGAUGUCAUCUCCCGAUUGGAAGAAGAUGCAAAGUAUCACUUUGUCCAGGGCAUCACAGAAAAUAGCAGGCCAGCAGAUGGUGGAAGAGUGAGAGAGACGGAAGUGGGACAUUUUCAGCAGGAAAUCUCUGCAUCCAAAAAAGAGGACAAGGUGCUGCUCGGAACAUGCCAGAAUGUGCUCUUCCUAACGGCCGUGGGUGACCAGGUGGCCAGUAUGGUACCUCUAGGAAGUCCACAGUCAACUUUCAGCUGGCAUGCAAGACUUUCCUCCCAUCUGAGGAUUCACACAGGGGACUCGAUAUACCAGUGCUUGGAAUGUGGAAAGAUCUUCAGUCAGCGUAACUCCUUCACUGCGCAUCAAAGAACUCACACGGGGGAGAAACCAUACAAAUGCUUACUGUGUGGAAAGAGAUUUGGUCAGAGACCACACCUUACUUUACAUCAGAGAAUCCACACUGGAGAGAAGCCAUAUCAGUGUUCAGCGUGUAGGAGGAGUUUUUCUCACAGACCACACCUUACUUCACAUCAAAGAACCCACACAGGAGAAACACCCUAUGAAUGCUUGGAGUGUGGAAAAAGUUUCAGGAGGCGAGAUACACUUACUUUGCAUCAAAGAAUCCACACAGGAGAGAAACCAUAUAAAUGCUUAGAGUGUGGAAAGAGCUUCAUUAGGAGAACAAGCUUUACUUUGCAUCAAAGAAUGCACACAGGUGAGAAACUGUAUACAUGCUUGGAAUGUAGAAAAAGCUUCAGUCGGCGUUACUCCCUGACUUUGCAUCAAAGAAUUCACACCGGGGAGAAACCAUAUGCAUGCUUGGAGUGUGGAAAGAGCUUCCGUCAGCGUGACUCCCUUACUUUGCAUCAAAGAAUUCACACAGGGGAGACGCCCUAUAAAUGUUUGGAAUGUGGAAAGAGUUUCAGUUGUAAUAAAACCUUAAUUUCACAUCAGAUAAUUCAUACAGGGGAGAAACCAUAUAAAUGCUUGGAGUGUGGAAAGAACUUUCUUUAUAGCAGAAGCCUCACUUUGCACCAAAGGAAACAUACAGGAGAGAAACCAUAUAAAUGCUUGGAGUGUAGAAAGAGCUUUUAUGACAAUGGAACCCUUACUUCACAUCAGAGGAUCCACACAGGAGAGAAGCCAUAUACAUGCUCCGAAUGUGGAAUGAGGUUUUCUCACAGUGGAUCCCUUACUUUACACCGAAGAAUUCACACAGGAGAGAAGCCAUAUACGUGUCCGGAGUGUGGCAAGAGCUUUUCUCAGAGCGGCUCUCUAACUUCUCAUCGAAGAAUCCACACAGGAGAGAAGCCGUAUAAGUGCACAGAGUGUGGCAAGAGCUUCAGGUUCUGCAAUUACCUAGUUUCCCACCAUAAAAUACACAGAGGAGAAAAACCAUAUAAAUGCUUUGAGUGCGGAAAAAGUUUCAUUGAGAGCCGUUAUCUUAUACGGCAUCAGAAUACCCAUAUGAAAGAGGAUCACUAUAUAUGCUUACCCUAA